AAUGAUGAAGAAAAUUUAUUAAUAGAGAAUAAUAAUAAUACUGCUAUAAUACAAGCGAGAAAAAAACGUGUAUAUGAUUUAUUACAUCCUAAUAAUCAAUCUCAUCAUCAACAAGAUGUUUUACUAUGAUUGAUGUUGAACCAAGAGAUAAUGGCUCUGAAGAUGGUGUAUUAAAACAAUUAUUAAUGAAUCAUCAUUAUCGUUCAUCAUUAAGUGAUCAAUAUAAGAAACAUGCAAGAGUACAAGAUACAACAACAACGGAUACAUCAUCAUCAUCAAAUAAAAUUCACGCGUUAAUAACAAUAACUGAUACAGGAUGUGGUAUAUCACCAUCAUUUUUAUCAACAAAUAUAUUUCAACCAUUUUCUCAAGAAAAUUCUUUACAAAUUGUUACAGGAUUAGGAUUAUCUAUAGUAAAAUUAUUAGUAGAAUAAAUGUGAGGUAAAUGAGAUGUUGAAAGUGAAGAUGGAGUUGGUACAAGAUUUA